CUUGCUACCUUACGAGGAACCAGAGUCGUUCUCGCGGUGAUGUGAACGGGCUGCUCUCUCUGGCUCUUUGGUUGGACACACUGGUGUGGAGGAUGAUGGGGCGGGUGAAAACCCUCCUGCAUCAAUCUGGGUUUGGGUGGUCUGCAAGGCUGGGCGAUAUGCGGGACACCCGCAACAAUCGCUCAUUCAAUAUCAUCGACAUUGUUCGAGAGCUAGGGUGGCGGGACACAAGCAAAGCGGGCGACGAGACUCUCGCCAUUGCCAGUCUCCUUAACGUCAGCCCCUUCAUGCUGUCCCAUGCGGUUUCAGACGAUCGAAUUAGGCUCCUUUUACUGGCAAUGGAAAGGGUUUCCAGGAGCCUUCCUUUCCUGCAGGUGGACAAACCUCAAACCCCUGGCUUCCGAUGGCGCCGUCCACAUUUCUUUCUCGACUCCGGGGCAGCCUACCGAAUCAUGGAAGACAAGGACGAGAAUCCAAGGGGGUAAGGAUCCCGAUGGAGCGGUGAAUACCAAUUAUGGGACCCUGCUCAGCUCGGUCCUGUUGAAAUCAUCGCUAUGCACGGGCGUUUGAAGAACGUCACCAAUUCGCGCUUUUCUUCUAACGACUUGGCAUGCGGUUGUGAGGCCCUGGGCGUGGGGCCCGGCCUCGUCAACCCUCGGCCAGACCUUACUUUGUAUUGUACAAGUACGGGUACAAGUUGGGUGGGGGCUCCUGUUGAAAACUUGGCCCCUUCAA